AUGUCUUCCUCACCCUCACCACAUGCAGCGACUCCGACUUCCAUCAUUCCUACUCCCUCGAAACCAUUUCCGCUCCUUGAACUACCAUUGGACAUCGUCUUCAUGAUUUUCGACCUCUGGAGAUCUGACGAUUUUGAGAGCGCACUGAACGUUUCAUUAUCGAGCAAACUUCUACAGUGGUUAUCCACCGCAUGGAUCUUCAGAUCAAUCAACGUCUGGAUGAAGAGAACCCAGAUCUACCGCUUCUUGCGAGAUAUCAGAGGGAACGAAAAAGUCCUUGCAGUAGUCAGGUCAUUUACCAUCCGCAUAAAGAGGGUUCCGGAAGCAAUGAAUGAGCCCUUCGAUAAUGCAGUACUCGUACUCUUUGCUGAAGUCCUUUGCUGUAUGAACGGCCUGAAAGAAUUGAUGCUUGAUCUCGUCAGAGGUGGAUCGCUGUUUGCCGAUGCAUUCCACGCCAGCUUACGGGAAAGGACCUUGCCUUCGGUAGAGACAUUUUGGUAUCGGGCAGCGAAAAGCCCCGGUUCCAUCUCGGAAGUGCUUCCUAACGCCCAUCGAUUCAGUCUUGGCGUCAGCGACAUGACAAAAUCGGUGACCGUUCUUCGGGAUCUUUCCUCGCACCCUCAUCUGAAUGUCCUGGAGCUCCAGAAAUGCUACUGGUCUCUGAGAGAUGUAGAAGUGGUGGUGGCUCUUUGUCCCCAAUGUCCAGCAUCUGCUACUGAAAGGUGGACUAGAUGGGGUAAGAGUUUCGAUACGAACCCCGCUUCCAAUGAGCUCAUCCCAGCCAUCAGACUGCUUCCCAGGCUUCAGAAGCUUGCCAUUGACACCGAUCAGAUUGUUCCGUUGCCACCACGCCGCUUGGAGCCGCACGAUCUUGACGACAUCAUGUCACAGAUCGAGAAUCAUCCGCUUAAUGAGAAGCCACGUGCCAAUGCUUUAAAGUUCUUUCAACAGUGUCACAGCCUGCUAAGAGUAUAUUUAUCACCUUGCUGGUUUCGUCCGGUCAGGAAGCCUGGGGAGAGACUUCGUGCAAGACAAGUAGCUCCCGACUGCCAAGAUAUGUAUAUUGAGUGGCAAAAGUGGAUGGGUAUCCCCAGAACUGCCAAACGACGAGACUGA